AUGUCCACCGAGCAACCCACCGUGGCCGAAGCCGCUCCUCCGCCUACCGCCGCCGCAGUUGCACCUACACCCAGCGACUCCGCGGCCGUCCACAUCCGCGCGCCCAGGCAGUACAAGCCCGCGCAAGCCGCCGAAAGCAGCUCAUCCCCGCCCCUCGAGUGGCUGCACCGCUCGUGGACCGUCACGCACUCGACGCUGAAGCGCGACCUGGUCGCUUACCAGAGCAAGGGGUCGACCAAGGUCAAGACCGUGUCGGGCGCGGACACGGCGGUGGCCGCCGGGGGCGGCGACCUCACGGCGUGGAACUGGCGCGGCAGCGGGCUGCUCAAGCCCAUCUCCUGCCCGUGGGAGAUGAUUGGGUGGGGUGAGAGGGUGGAUGCCGAGGGCCGGACGGAGAAGUGGGCGGUCACUUGGUUCGCCAAGACGCUCUUCACCGAGGAAGGCUUGGAUGUCUACACGGAUAGGAGGGAGGGGAUGAGCGAGGAGCUGGAGGGGCUUAUCCUCGCGGCGUUGGCGACGGUGGGCGUCGAGCCCCUGCAGCAGUUGGUGGCGAAGAAUAUGCAAAAGGUGGCCAUUGAUCUGGCCGCGAAGCCUGAGGAGGCAAAGGCGUGA